AGCUCUGCUAGAGAAUCCUUAGUUUGCAGCUAUAGAAAAAGUUUUAAUGGAUUUGCAGCUAAGCUCACAGAACAAGAGCAAGGAAAGCUAAGAGGCAUGAAAAAUGUAGUCUCUGUAUUUCCAGGCAGAACCCUUCAACUUCACACAACAAGAUCAUGGGAUUUCUUGGGUUUCCCAAGCACAGUAAGAAGAAUGCCCACCAUUGAGAGUGAUGUCAUUAUUGGCAUGAUUGAUAGUGGAAUCUGGCCUGAAUCUGAGAGCUUCAGUGAUAAUGGGAUCAGUCCUCCUCCGAGUAAAUGGAAGGGUAUUUGCCAAAACAUCACCUGUUACAGUUACAAAUCCGACAAUAAAUACGCGGAAGACGAAGAGAAGUCCCCCCGUGAUAUUGAAGGACAUGGAACCCACACUGCUUCUACAGUAGCAGGUGUUGAAGUUAAACAUACAAGCCUUUUUGGCAUUGCUGAAGGGACUGUAAGAGGAGCUGUUCCCUCUGCAAGGAUCGCUGUCUAUAAAGUUUGUUGGAAGGAUGGUUGCGCUGAACAUGAUAUCCUGGCUGCAUUUGAUGAUGCAAUUAAAGAUGGUGUUGAUAUCUUAUCAGUUUCUCUUGGGGGUCCAGGUGCUAUAGAUUUCAUGAGAGAUGUUAUUGCAAUUGGAGCAUUUCAUGCAAUGGAGAAAGGGAUACUUACCUCUACAUCUGCCGGAAAUCUUGGACCAGAAAUAGCCACUAUCAUUAAUCUAGCCCCAUGGAUGUUAACUGGACACACUAUCAACACUUUCCAAACUGAGAAAAAGGCAUCCCCAAUUAUAUAUGCAGGUGAUCAUGCUGCACAUAACUCUGGCACUGAAGAUGCAAGGGCAUGUAACCCUGGCUCCUUGGACAAAGACUUUGUGAAAGGGAAGAUUGUCUUCUGCAAUACAUUCUCUGAUGAUGAUACUAUAUUUAAUGAUACAACCUUUUCUUAUCUUUUACCGGCAACGGCCAUCAGCAUUGCAGAUGGCAAAAAAUUAAAGCUCUAUUUGAACAGUACCAGAAUCCCCAUGGCAAAGAUUUACAAAAGUCAAGCAAUUCAUGAUCCUAAAGCUCUACAUGUGGCUUUAUUUUCUUCUAGAGGAUCCAACACUCUUUCACCAAAUAUCCUCAAGCCAGACUUAAGUGCUCCGGGUGUAGACAUAUUGGUAGCAUGGUCUCCGAAAGCCAUUGUUUCAGGUGAUAUUGGUGACAAGCGAUCCGUAAUGUAUAACAUUAUAUCUGGAACAUCAAUGUCUUGCCCUCAUGCAACUGGUGCUGCUGCCUAUGUCAAAACAUUUCACCCCUCUUGGUCCCCUGCCACAAUUAAAUCUGCUCUCAUGACAACAACUUCUCCCAUAAAUCCAUCAUAUCAUAGAGAGACUGAAUUGGCUUAUGGUGCUGGUCAAAUUGAUCCAAUAAAGGCUGUCAAUCCAGGUCUUGUGUAUGAUACCUUGAAACCUGACUAUAUACAAGGUUUGUGCAACUUGGGUUUCAAUCCAGAUUAUAUUAAGAUCCUUGCUGGAGACAAUGUUACUUGUGUCAAGCAAAAUGGAACCGACGCUCUUUUAAACUACCCUUCAAUGGGUGCUUCGGUUACUGUCGGAUGGGACAUCGAUUGGUUUUUUCCGAGGACAGUAACGAAUGUCGGCUUUCCAAAUUCUACAGACAAGGUGACGGUUGGACCACAAAAACGACUAAAUGUUACUGUUAAUCCCAAUGUUCUAUCUUUUAAGUCGUUGAAUGAGAAGAAACAAUACACUGUACAUGUUACCAGGGCUGGAAUUACCAAAUAUACAACCAUCUCUACAUGGUUGUUGUGGUCUGAUGGGAUACAUAAUGUAAGAAGUCCCAUUUCCUUCUGGGAUACAUAA